UUUUUUCCCAUUUCUUGCUUCCGCUCGGCGCUCGCUGUGCCUUGCGGCAGUCGCGGAACCGAGCCGCCGGCUGCAACGCGGCGCCAGCGAUGUCUCGUGCUGGAGCAGCGGUCGUAGCCGGCGACCGGACCCAACUGCCGUCCAUGGGCGCUGACCUUAGCGUGGCGUGGCCGGCGAUGCCGCGCCGCGCCGUGGACCGUACCGUGAAGGCCUUCCGGGGCCUGGAGCCGACUGGUUAUGGGCAUACCUCGUGUGCUGUUCGAAGAGAAACUAGAAGCCAUGAAAGUUGGCAAAGGGUUGCGAAAUGACACUGAGCUCAAUUUCAAGGAUCUGGAAGAACUUGUAACUCAAUAUAAGAAUAUUUAUGUCAUAGCCAAAGGUGAACAAUUUCCCUCAGAUCCAACGAGGCAGUUGCAUUUGGCAGUCUUGGCUGUCUUUGAAUCAUGGGAUAGCGCUAGGGCAAAAAAGUACAGAAGCAUAAACCGGAUUACCGGAUUGAGGGGCACCGCUGUGAAUGUUCAGUGUAUGGUGUUUGGCAACAUGGGCGACACAUCGGGCACCGGUGUCCUCUUUACAAGGAACCCAAGUACUGGAGAGAAAAAACUUUAUGGCGAGUUCCUUGUCAAUGCUCAGGGUGAGGAUGUGGUUGCUGGAAUUAGAACUCCACAAGAUCUUGAUGCCAUGAAGGAGUGCAUGCCAGAGCCUUAUGCAGAACUUGUUGAGAACUGCAAAAUCUUGGAAAGACAUUACAAAGAAAUGAUGGACAUUGAGUUCACUGUUCAAGAAAACAGACUUUGGAUGCUUCAGUGCAGAACCGGGAAACGCGCCGGCAAAGGUGCAGUAAAGAUUGCGGUAGACAUGGUCAAUGAGGGCAUGAUUGACCAUCGUUUGGCAAUUAAGAUGGUGGAACCACGACACUUGGACCAGCUUCUUCAUCCACAGUUUGAGAACCCAUCAUCGUAUGAAGACAAAGUCAUCGCAAUGGGCUUACCUGCAUCACCAGGAGCUGCUGUAGGUCAGAUUGUCUUCACAGCUGAUGAUGCUGAAACUUGGCAUGCACAAGGAAGAUCUGUCGUUCUGGUGAGGACUGAGACAAGCGCAGAGGAUGUUGGUGGCAUGUAUGCAGCCGCUGGAAUUCUCACAGCCAGAGGUGGUAUGACUUCUCAUGCAGCAGUUGUAGCCCGCGGCUGGGGAAAAUGUUGUGUGGCAGGAUGCUCAAGUAUCCAUGUAAAUGAUGCUGAGAAGGUGUUAGUGGUUGGGGACAAGGUGCUUUGUGAAGGCGAUUGGUUGUCACUGAACGGAUCAACUGGUGAAGUUAUUUUAGGGAAGCUGCCUCUAUCCCCGCCUGUACUUUGUGGUGAUUUAGGAACAUUUAUGUCUUGGGUGGAUGAAGUUAAACAACUUAAGGUUAUGGUUAAUGCCGACACUCCUGCAGAUGCACUGACUGGAAGAAACAAUGGUGCUGAAGGGAUUGGAUUGUGCAGAACUGAGCACAUGUUCUUUUCUUCCGAUGAGAGGAUAAAGGCCAUGAGACAGAUGAUAAUGGCGGAUACUACUGAACAGAGGCAAAAAGCAUUAGACCUUCUCCUGCCAUAUCAGAGAAUUGACUUUGAAGGGAUUUUCCGUGCAAUGGAUGGCCUUCCAGUAACUAUCCGGCUCUUGGAUCCUCCACUUCAUGAGUUCCUUCCGGAGGGUAACACUGAGGAUAUUGUACAUGCAUUGUCUUCUGGUACUAAAUCUACUCAUCAGGAAAUCCUUGCAAGGGUAGAAAAACUUUCCGAAGUGAAUCCGAUGCUGGGUUUCCGUGGGUGCAGGCUUGGUAUAACAUACCCAGAACUAACGGCAAUGCAAGCCCGUGCCAUCAUCGAAGCUGCUAUUGCUAUGCAUGAUCAAGGUUUUCAAGUUUUCCCAGAGAUAAUGGUGCCUCUUGUUGGAACACCUCAGGAACUUGGCCAACAGGUCAGUGUGAUUCGUCAAGUCACUGACAAGGUUUUUGCCAACGCCGAAACAGCUAUUAGCUACAAAAUUGGGUCCAUGAUCGAGGUUCCUAGAGCGGCUCUUAUAGCCGAUGAGAUAGCAGAGCUGGCAGAGUUUUUCUCGUUUGGGACCAACGACCUAACACAGAUGACAUUUGGUUACAGCAGGGAUGACAUUGGCAAGUUUCUCCCAACUUACUUGUCUCAGGGUAUUCUCCAGCAUGACCCAUUCGAGGUGUUUGACCAGAAGGGAGUGGGAGAGCUGGUUAAGAUUGCUACAGAGAGGGGCCGGAGGGCGAGGCCUGAUUUGGAGGUGGGCAUUUGUGGUGAACAUGGUGGUGAGCCUUCUUCAGUUGCCUUCUUCGCGAAGGCUGGGCUGGAUUAUGUUUCUUGCUCACCUUUCAGGGUCCCAAUUGCAAGGCUAGCCGCAGCACAGGCGGUCCUCUGAUGAUGAGCGCGAGUGAAUGUGUGUAGCUCCUCAGCAAGCAAUCGUUGGUGCAUCUUGUAAAUAAAUAAUGCACAGAUGGCACCUGUUGAAUGCCUGGUUGAGAGACGAACGGGUCACUUGUAAAUUAGGUUUGCAUGCUUAUGUAAAGCUAAUCUUUUGGAUAUCCAUGGUACUUGGUAAGACGUAUGUGUAUAUAUCCAUCCAAUGGUGUUGAUGCUGGGAA